AUGGUAGAAGUGUGGUGGUCCCUUUUAGCUGCCAUCCCCGCUGUUGUUGCAGGGCAAGCUUUUAGAAUGAAGAAAAAGCAUGCUGAAGAGCAGAGAUUGCAGAGUGCCCGGGGUAGGGAGAAGAAUUCUGAUGAGAUUUUUGUAUGUGAGAGGGUGUGUACAUCAAAGAGAAUGCUGAAAAAGGUUGGGGCAUUCUCAAAGGAUCCAAUCCCUGAUACCUGUGUCACUGUCUGUGGAGUAUCUGAGCUUGAAGCUUGUGCUGAUGCAUGUGCUCGCACUGUUUGCGUUAAUCAACAUCAAGUACCAAAUUGGAACGAUAUCUGCCUCCGAAGAUGCCAGAGUGAAUGUCUCAAACUCUCCGGUUCCCAUUUUCCUUAGUUCAGUUUUUGUACAACUUGAAUGACGAAAAAUGUACGGCAUCAGUAGUUUGUUGGUAGUGCUUGUUACUCUGAUAUCUGAAGCAAUUGUGCAGGUGGUUUUAUCAUCAGUCACUUUUAUGCUCCAGACAUUGACUCAAAUUAGUUUCAGUGAUUCUUUAGAGAGCUUUUCUGCAAUAUUAAGAAUUUGAAGUUUUUUGGGGAAA